CGUUGCAAAAAAAGCGGUAGUGGCGGCUUUGUUCUUCUCUUCAAUGGACAUGAUGAAGUAGUUAGUGGCGAAAAAACUAAAAAAUUAUGGGAAAAUUUAAUGUUUCCCCUUAAAAAUACUUUUGAAAAAUAAAAUUUAUAAUGUGAAUUUGCAAUAAGCGGUAGUGUAUAAUAAAUGCAAUCACCGAAUAUACGGAAAAAUGUGAAAAGAAAAAAUGUAGUACCGCAAGAAGAGAAAAAAUCAAUGAGCAUCAUCAAAAGAAGAAGAAGCAAUUUUUGAGGCACCACAAGCAAUAAGAAAAGAAAAAAUCUUAGCAAUUAUGUACAUGUGUGUGUGUUGAGUGUUUGUGGAUGGCCCUGAAAAUGUUUGCCAAAAUUUUGCAAAAAUCAAUAAAUAUACGAAAUGUCCCAAAAUCUACUGAAAAAACAACAAUAACAAAUUUAAACACUUACUAAUUAUGAAAUAACGAAAAAAUAAACCGAAAGAAGAAAGGGGAAUAGGAAUAACGAAAAUAAAAACAAAAUUAAAUUAAACAAAAAAUCCAUAAAUUCCAAGUGAAAUCAAGAUUCCAAGAAUUUAAAGCCUAAACAAAAUUCCAAACAAAUCGAAAUUAGUGACUAAAGUUUCUCGUGAGAAGUGAAGAAAUUUAACAUCAUUACCAAAAAUUCUCCAUUGUCGUCGUCGCCAUCAUGGACGGGCAACGCGCUCGCGACAUUCUUACCUUGUUGCAGGAGCGCGUCGUCUUCCUUACCGGUGGUAGGGACAGACGUGGUGGUCCGAUCCUUUGCUUUCCGGCAACACCCAAGCGGGAUCGCUUAAAACCAGAUGAUUUGAGGCGUUUGUUGAGCUAUUUGAUAAUGAUACCUAGCGAUUCGGCAAAAAAUCUAGGUUUCACUGUCAUCAUUGAUAUGCGCGGCAAUGGCAAUUGUUCAACGAAUGUCAAGGCCAUAUUGAAAGUGUUGCAGGAGCAUUUCAGUGCCAACAUCCACAAUGUUGUCAUCAUAAAACCCGAUAAUUUUUGGCAAAAACAACGUGCCUCGAUUUCAUCACACAAAUACAAGUUCGAAACGUCGACCAUAUCGAUUGAGGCCCUCAACAAGAUAGCGGAGCCCAGCCAGUUGACCAGUGAUUUUGAUGGCAAUCAAAUGUAUGACCAUCAACAGUGGACCGAUGCCCGUUUGGCCAUUGAGGAUUUCUUUUGGCAGGCCAGUGAUUUGGCCGAUCGCAUCGACGAUCUGCAGGAGGAUUUGCAGCGCAAUGAUUUUGCCGAGGAUGUAAAUGGGGCCCGGCAUGCCUUGGAUCAUCACAAUGAGAUGAAAAAGAAAAUCCUUAAGCUGCCCAUUGAGGAUCUGGAUGUGCAGGGUAAAAAGCUGUUGGCCAAAAUCAAUAUGACUGGGGGCGGCAGUGGUGGGGCGGUAAGUUGGAAGCUAUAUUUUUUAAAAACUAUUCCCUUCAAAACUAAUCUCUCUUUUUUCUUCCAGGUUGCCGCCGGAGCCGAGUGCGUGGGCAGUGGCAACGAUUCGGGCACCUCAUCCCAGUCACAAAAUGCCUCACAACAAUUUCGCAUGGCCACCAACAAUCCCGACAUGUCGGCCGCCAUCAGCAAAGCUUUAAGACAAAUUGACCUCAUCCAUUCGGGCCAGCAGCGCUUGCUCACCUUGUGGCAGCACAAAAAAGUCAAACUCGAUCAAUGUUUCCAAUGGCGCCUUUUCGAACAGGACUGUGAGAAAAUGUUCGAUUGGAUCCUACACAAUCGGGAUGUCUUUCAAAUGUCCUAUGUGGAAAUAGGUCAUAACUAUUCGGUGGCCAAGUCGCUGCAAGAUGAACAUCAAAAAUUUGCCGUGGCCUCCAUGAAUGUCUCGGUGAACAUAGAUCGCAUUUUGGCAGUGGCCUCCCGCCUCAUUGAAAGUCAACAUUAUGCCGCUCAAAAUAUCAAGACUUUGGCCACCCGGCUGGAUCGUACAUGGAAAGAUUUUGCCGCCGGCUUAGAUGAGAGAACAGCAGUACUGCAAUUAAGUGUACUCUUUCAUCACAAGGCCGAACAGUAUUGUAACAGUGUGGCCUCUUGGGCGGCGGCCUGUCAGGCCUCCCAGCCCCUACCCUCAGAUAUACAAAGCCUGGAGACGGCCAUACGCACCCAUCAGUCUCUGUACGAGGCCAUGUGCCAGGCCUAUACCGAGGUACAUUCAACCAGCAAAAAAUUACUUUAUCAACUGGAUCAUUUGGUCCAGGUAUGCAAUCAGCCACCACCACCCGGUGUGCCAGAUCAUCGCAAGAACAGCAGCUACAACAAAUAUGGCCGGCAAAAUCCCGCUGCCGACUACAGUGAGGGAGCCUCCCAUGUCCUCGCCGUCAUACAUCAAAUCCUGGGUCAUCAUCGUUCGCUGGAAUCGAAAUGGCACCAGGAAAAGAUACGCCUCCACCAAACACUGGCUCUGCGACUAUUCCAAGAGGAUGUCAAACAGGUCUUGGACUGGUUAAAGAAUCACGGUGAGGUGUUUGUACGCAAAAAUACCGGCAUUGGCCGUAACUUGCAAAAGGCCCGAGUCUAUCAAAAGUCUCACGAACAUUUCGAAAAUGUUGCCCAGAAUACCUACAGCAAUGCGGAGAAGUUAUUGGCUGCGGCCGAUGAAUUGGCACGCAGUGGUGAGGCCGAUCCCAAUGAGAUAUACUCGGUUGCUCAUGAGCUGGAAAUACAGGUGGCCAGCUUUGCUGAACGGGUUGAACAAAGACGGCGACGCCUUGACAUGGCUGUAAUUUUUUACACCCAUGAAAAGGAGGUCACCGCCUGGAUAGAUCAGCUAAGAGCCGAUGUUUCCAGCGAUGAGACCAUGUUAUCUCAGGAGAAUCUGGAGGGCAUAGAAAGACUUUUGCAACAGUAUCGGGAGCAGCAGGAUAACACACUGAAGGGUUGUAUGCAAACCAUUGCCCAGGGUGAGGCAUUGUUGCAGGAAAUGCGUUCGUUGGAAUAUGCCGACAACACGGGGUCAGUGUCGGCCCUGGAGGCGGCUUUGGAAAAGUUGUCCAAACAAAAAGUGGAGUUGGAGGAACUGUGGUCAGCCCGCAAGUUCAGGGCAGAUUUAAUUUUACGUUUGCGUUACUUUGAACGGGAUGCCAUGGAGUUAUCCUCGCAAUUGGAAAUCUGGUCGGAGGAACUGCAACAUGCCGAUUUAUCCCGAGAUUAUCAAAAGGCCGAACAGCUAAUACGCAUGCACAACGAAUCUGUAAGUGAUAUACAAAAUGCCACCUAUGAGGUGUUGGAACAAGGCCAGGAACUACUGCAAAUGUUUGAAUCGGCCGGGUUUAUUUCAAUGGCAGAUGCAACCCACACAGCUCAGGCACGCAUAGAAUAUCUCUUGAAUUUCUUGCGAGAAAGAGAAAUUGAUUUGGAAGAACUUUCCGAGGCCAAGCGAGCCAAAUUGGAACAGGCAGUCCAGUUGUGUCAGUUUCAGAACGAUGCCAAUCAAGUUAUUUCCUGGAUACGCAAUGGUGAGGCCAUGUUGGUGGCCAGUUUCGUGACACCCAACAGCCUACAGGAGGCCGAACAGCUGCGCAAAGAACACGAACAAUUUCAGGUGGCCAUUGAAAAGACCCAUACCUCAGCGGUACAGGUGAAAUAUCGGGCCGAUGCUCUCAUCAAUGCCAAUCACUACGAUCCACAGUCGAUAAGGGAAAUAUCCGAUGAUGUUACCAAGAAAUGGCAACAAUUGGUUACCUAUGCCGAGGAGCGUCAUAAACUGGUGACGGCUUCAAUCAAUUUCUACAAAACCGCCGAGCAGGUUUGUUCGGUACUCGACUCCUUGGAGCGAGAGUAUCGUCGUGAAGAUGACUGGUGCGGUGGCGGUGGCUCAAGUGAUAAAUCCCAAACCAUUGUCCAGCUUAUCUCGAAACAUCAGGAACAAAAAGAAGCCUUCUUGAAGGCCUGCACGUUGGCACGUCGUACCGCCGAAACUUUCCUCAAAUAUGCCAAUCGCUCACAGCAAUACUAUGAAUAUCAAUCGCAGGGAAAUUGUGAAAAUCGUGUCAAAACCAUUCUGGAUAAAUUGCUAACGCAGGAGAAUCAAGUGCUGGAAUUCUGGACACAACGGAAGAAAUCGCUGGAUCAAUGUCAACAGUUUGUGUUGUUUGAGCGCAGUGCUAAACAGGCCAUUGAAUGGAUCCACAAUACGGGAGAGGCUUAUCUCUCGUCCCGCACCAAUUUGGUGGGUAAAACUCGCGAAGAAACCGAAGGAUUGCUCAAAGAGCACAAUGAAUUCCGUGGCACAGCCAAAGAGACAAGAGAACGGGUUAAACUAUUGAUCCAGCUGGCGGAUAGUUUGGUGGAGAAGGGUCAUGCCCAUGCCAGUUCGAUUAAGCAAUGGGUGGCGUCGGUGGAUCAAAGGUACAAGGACUUUAGCAAUCGCAUGGACUCAUAUAGGGAACAAUUGGAAAAAUCACUGGGCAUGAUUAGCGAAUCAGAUACCAACGUGUCGAUGAGUUCCGGCAUUGGUUCAAUUUCAUCCUCAUCAUCGUCAAACGAUCGUCAUUCAGAUCCUACUUUAGAAGCCAAGCUGACUACCUCAACGACCGUGGCCAAUAAGGAGAUCAAUGAAGAGAAACGAAAAUCGGCUCGGCGAAAAGAAUUCAUUAUGGCCGAACUAAUGCAAACGGAGAGAGCUUAUGUCAAAGAUUUGGAAACAUGCAUCAAAUGUUUCCUGGAAGAAUUUCGUUUCGGUCAAGGGGUACCUACCGCGCUGCACGGCAAGGAGGACAUUAUUUUCGGCAAUAUACGUGAAAUCUAUAAUUUCCACAAUAAGAUAUUCCUACGCGAGUUGGAAAAAUACGAAACAAUGCCCGAAGAUGUGGGCCAUUGUUUUGUGACAUGGGCCAGUAAAUUUGAUAUGUAUGUGCACUACUGCAAAAAUAAGCCAACAUCAAAUAAUCUCCUGGUGCAACAUGCCGGCAACUAUUUCGAUGAUCUGCAACACAAACACAAGGUGGAACAUCCCCUGCCCGCCUAUCUGAUUAAACCUGUGCAAAGAAUUACCAAAUAUCAGCUAUUACUCAAAGAUUUACUAUCGUGCUGUGAAGAAUCACAUGGUGAAAUUAAGGAGGGCCUGGAGGUGAUGUUGAACGUGCCGAAGAAGGCCAACGAUGCCAUGCAUUUGUCGUUGCUCGAGAACUGUGAUGUUUCCAUCGACAGUUUAGGUGAGGUUGUCUUGCAAGAUGCAUUCCAAGCCUGGGAUACCAAGCAAUUGAUACGCAAAGGACGUGAUCGCAGAGUAUUUCUAUUCGAAAUGUAUUUGCUGUUUGCCAAAGAGGUCAAGGAUUCGAAUGGAUCGGCUAAAUAUCAGUUUAAGAGUAAAUUAAUGACCACAGAUCUCGGCAUAACCGAACACAUUGAGGGUGAUGAAACGAAAUUUGCCGUCUGGACAGGUCGCUCACCUAUGCUGUCCGAUUGUCGCAUUGUACUUAAAGCCAAUAGUUUGGAGACCAAACAGAUUUGGACCAAAAAACUACGCGAAGUCAUGCAGGAGUCAUGCUUCUCUGGCACUUCCCUAACCCUGCCCAAAUCACCAGCCAAGAAUUCGGGUUCAUCGCAACGAUCCUCGCGUGAUCUGGAUGAUCCAUUGACUGAAAACGAUCACGACAGAUGUUCCUUAGCCAGCUUUGGAUCUGGCAAUACAACAGAUAGUGAUAACAAAAUUGGCUCCCAUGAAGCAACUUGGGUAACAGCCGAUUACAUAGCAACCGCCGGUUCCAAUGAACUCAGCGUUACCAAGGGCCAACAGGUGGAGAUUCUCGAAGCACCCACAGCCAAUGAACCCGAUUUCUGUUUGGUCCGUCUCAAUCCUCAAUGUGAUGAUGCUGCGGUCCAAGAGGGUUUGGUCCCCGUUUCCAUACUUAAACCCCCACCCGGUUCCCACAAGUCGAGCUCAUCGCGCAAAGACAAGAGUGAGAGUAACAAUUUGCAGGAUCAAACCAACAAUCGAAGUAAACCAGAUCCGCUGACAUCAUCCACCAAACGAAGAGGUCUUGGGGGGCGUAAAUGGUUGCCACAAAUCGGUCGCAAAGGUCCACAGAAUAAGGUUGAGAAAACACCCGAAAAACUCUUGGUUAAAAAAUCGUCGGAGAAGAACUUCAAGUUGCCAGCCAAACAAAUGGAGGACUCAUCCAACAACACAUCACAAUUGCUGGCCCAGGCAAAUGCAUCACAACUCAACACAUCACAGCAGGACUUUGAGGCCGAGGAAGAGGUUGGCUUGGAAUUACCGCCACCCAUGAAACCCAUACAGGAACCACAUUUAAUUGCCAAUGGGCCACCGACCUUCAACAAGGAUAUGAUGAAGGAUAAUUCUUCGGUAAUGGCCAGUUCCGGCAAAAUGGAUGGUCUAUCGGAGAUUGAACAAAUUGUUAAAGAAAAGACAGAAAGACACGAGGAAAAAUCAAAAAUUCUCAGUGAGAGCAGUAGUAAUAAUCGAAGUGGUGGAGGAACAGCCAACAACAGCAGCAGCAACACAACAAACAGUGAUUGUACAACAACAGGUGGUGGUGGCAUGGCUGGUGUUAUGGACAAUAUCGAUUCCAUGUAUCCGAAUUGUGGUGACAACAAUACCACCAAUAACUCAUGCACAGCCAAUGCAGCAGCGUCGUCAAUGAUGAUGAUGACAGCAGGCACAACGUUAUCCUCUACCACCAACACCUACAACUCAUCAUCAGCAUCGGCGGCAUCAUCAUCUGCAGCAACGGCAACAACGGCGGCGUUAGGCAAUGCUGCCGGCGUUGUUGAAAAUAAUGACGAAAACAAUAGCACAACCGCAACAACAACAUCAACAGCACCAUAUGCGGCCGGUGAAGCAAAUGAUGAAAAUGAUUUGUCUUCAACAAUACAAAAGCAUAGAUUUCCCGCACUAGUCGAGCUAUUGACAACCGAGGAAACGUACAUCAAGGAUUUGGGUGAUAUUGUUAAUGGGUACAUUAAGGAAUUGCGAAGUGGUGAUAUACCAUUGCCAAAUGAUUUAAGAGGACCCAAAGGACAAAUAGUUUUUGCCAACAUUGAAGCCAUUUAUGAAUGGCACAGAGACUAUUUCCUCAAGGCCUUAAUCCAAAGUCAAAAAACCCCCUCUGAGCUGGGCAACAUGAUCAAACGCUAUGAGAAUAAAUUCCAAAUGUAUAUUACGUAUUGCAACAACAAACCCAAAUCGGAACAUAUUGUCACCGAACAUGUUCAAUAUUUUGAAUUGGUGCGACAGAAGUUGGGCCAUCGUUUAGAGCUAAGUGAUUUGCUUAUAAAACCUGUACAAAGAUUACCCAAAUAUGUCCUACUCUUGACGACCAUAACCAAACAAAUUGAAAAUGCCGGCCUGAUGGAAGAUGUGGCCAGCAUGAAGGAAGCAUGUAAUGUAAUGAAUGCCAUUUGCAAAGAUGUCAAUGAUAUUAUGGUACUGCGACGUCUCAAAAAUUUCGAUGGUAAUAUCACGGCCCAAGGCAAAUUACUGCUACACGGAACGCUGACAUGUCUGGAACAGGGCAAAAAUGCCACCGAACGCAAGACCCGUGAACUCUAUGUAUUUCUAUUCGAUCAGGGUAUCUUCUUUACCGAAAGACACAAUGCUAAAGGGCAGUUUUCAAGUCCUACCUACAUCUAUCGAUCACACAUACAGCUUAACAAAAUGCAAUUGGAAGAGCUGACAAAUCAUCGUUUCCAACUCAAAUCCAUUGAUCCCAAUCGACCCAAUAUCAAUAUGAUUUGCUAUGCCUCCAACACGGAGGCAUGUCGCAAUUGGUUGGACACGAUACGCAAACAAUUGCAGUUUCAACAUGAUUUCCUUAAUGCUCUCAUCAGGCCCAUUGCCUAUCAACAGCAGCAGCAGCAACAACAGCAACUGCAAAAGCAACAUAGCCAAGUAAACAAUGAGCAGCUAUAACCAGCAAUCCAUGAUUAUUACUAAAAAAAAAUCCCUAAAAAAAAUGUCGAUGAUGAUUUCAUUCAUUGCGAGCGCCUAAAAGUAGACACCAUAAUUUGUUUAGUUCCACAACCAAAUUGGAGAAAUCAAAAGAAAAACAAAAAACAAAUGGAAUAUUUUUUGGAAAAAAAUCAAAGAAAUUUAAACAAAAAAUUACAAAAAAAGUCAACAUUUUAAAUGUGCACUCUAAAUUAUUAAAAAAAACAAGAACACACACACAUACCAUUCACCCAAAAAUAUUAGCGAAAGGAAACAAAACCAAACUUUAGUAACAAAAUUUAUGUGUGCUCAGUUUAUAUAAAUUAUACUCAGUUAACAAACAACAACAAAAAGUAGUAGAAGAACAAGAAAAACAACAAAAUUAUUUAUAAAUUAUUAUUACAAAAAAUUAAAAAAAAAACUAAUGUAAAUUAUUUCAAAUCUAUGUUUAGUAAAACCAAAAAGAAAAAAGUGUAAUACAUUUGUGUCGAGAGACCAGACCCCCAGUAUCUGUCCUGGGAAGACAAUGCAAAAUUUUGGUAUGUAAAAUUUUAUUUGUGUUUGAGAAACUGAUUAGGAAAGGAUUUAUGGCGCAAAGCAAACGAUGAACGAUGUGUUUUUUUAGGAAAAGAAAAAGAAACACACACACAAUAGAUGAAUUCUAAUUAAGAAGUAUUACUUCGAUGCAAUUUAAAGCUGUCUUAUAUAUUUUUAAUAACAUUUAUGUCUUAUUAUUAUUAUUUUUCCACAAUUCUAAAUGUAAUUUUAAUUUACAAAAAACUCCCGGCCAGUUAAAAGCCAAGUAGUUACUCCCAGUCAUAUAGAAAUAAGCAUGAAACCACAAAAGAAA